AUGGCAGCCAGGAGGCAGCCAGCAGCUUCAGUCUCCAGAGUUCCCUCCUCCUCCUCCGGACGGCAGCGCUGGCUUCCCUCCAGCCCCCCCUCCUGCUCCUCCUGCUCCUCCUCCUCCUCCUCCAGCCCCUGUCACAGGCCCCACUCCACCACCUCCUCCCCUCCCUCCUGGAAACAUGGGCUCCCCGUUGAAGAGUACACCCUUUGGGUCCUCCAACUUCGGAGGGAAGAAGCCACCUCCCGCCCCGCAGAGAAACCCCAGCGCCACCCCCUACGAGGAGUCCAGGAGGAACCUGCUCAGCAAGUUUGCGCCCCAGAACACUGGCCCUCCUUCCUCCCCCUGCCCUGCCUCCCCCUCCAAGGACCCUUCAUCUGGACCACCUGCUCCCCCAAAACCAGCAAACAGGCGGGGACUACCCUACCCCCCCCGCCUGCCUGUGCCUACUUCCCCCCUCCUCCUCCGCCCUCUGAUCUCUUCCCCCCCCCCCCUCCUCCUCCUCCUCCUCCUCCUCCUCCUCCACCACCCGGUAGUGACUCCCACAGCGGAGCACCUCCUCGAGUUGCCGUGGUGAACCCCCAGCCCCAGGCCCCGCCUCCUCCUCCGCCUGUGCCUCUUCUCAGCAACUCAACAUGGGGAAAGAGCUCACUGAAAAAGACUCCUCCACCGACACUUGCCCGGCGCAGCAACACGACCCCGGAGCCCCCCAGCCUCUCCUCACCCCCACCCACCUCCCCAAAGGGCGGCUCAGGCCAGCCCAACUUCAUGGACGACCUCCACCGGACGCUGAAGCGAAAGUCGGUGGGACGCCAGGGCUCUCUGAGCUCGGCCGGCCUGAUGGGGAAGGCGGAGCCCGUGGGGACAAUGGACGACAUGGCGCUGCCCCCCCCGCCCCCCGAGCUGCUCCUGGACCAAGGCAAGCAGAGCAACGGAGGAAACGGGGGCUACAUGUCCGGAAACAUCUCAGGCUAUGCAACGCUACGACGAGGUCCCCCACCUGCGCCCCCCAAACGGGGGGACAUGACCAAACUUACUUGAGAGAGUUGGACUUGGAGAACAGGACAAUAAAGAGAUGGAUGAAUAGACAAUGAGAGAUGAAUAUGGAAGCUCCUGCAUUGCUCUUGGAUCACGAUGAUAAAUUGAUGACUGUAAAUACUGAAACCCAAACCAGACCAUGGUCCAUUAGUGUUUAUGUUUGGCAAUCUGGAUGGGUGGGGUUUACAUGUAAAACUAGAGCAGGCAAGUUUGACAUCGCUGAAAACUAACUGUUAUUUUUCUGCGAUUAGUCUAAACUCUCUGGAAGACAUUGUUUGGGAAACCUCGCCUAUCUUGUACCCCAAGCAGAUUUAAACACUAAUAAGAAUUGUGCAAAUAUUACUGGAACCAGGUCUGAGCCAAACCAUGUUAUCCGCUUCUUUGCCAUACGGUUGUGCCGCGUAAAAAAAUAAAAACCCACAUCAGGAUGUUUCUGCUCGGUACUGCAUGGACUUCAUGUGAGAACAAGCGGUAAAAAAAACACGAGGCUGUUCCGGUGUGUGUGCAUGAGUGAGAGCGAGAAACUGGACACGCAUACAUGCACGGUGUACGGCGGAGAAGUAGUUAGUGGCGGCCUCGUGGAGCAGGGACAGUCUGCUUUUAUAUAAAAUUAUUUAAUGAUCGAUAAAUGGAAGGAUUUUUUUUUAAUAUAAGUCUGUCUUUUGGUGGUCAGCAAAGUCUAGAGAGAAACAAAGGAAUGUAUAUGGGAAGGUGUGUGUAAACAUAAGGUCAACAAGGCAGUAAUACAAAUACAUUUCUAGACUGUGUUCAGAAGAAGCCUUAUCCCCAAAGUCUUGCACAGAGGUCAAAGCAGAAAGGAGAUUUCUUCCAAAGGUUCAGCAGAGUCUGGACUGUGCAACCGGAAAGAAAAAAUAAACUGCUUUUUUUAUUUAACAAAGGAGGUGGGGGCGGGCUGUGGUGGUGUAUCUUCGUCUACCAUGUCUCGUGCGUUGGCUUGAUUUCGGACCGUGUCCUUCAGUUUCUGUACAGUUGCAGCUGCUACUCCGUUAGUCUCCGCCCUCUUCUACAGGCAACAGGAAGUAGAAUGUACAGGUUGGAUUCAGACAUGUCAAGUAUACUCUACACACCCAGUUGAAAAAAAAAAAUAUUUGUCUGGUUAAUGUACAGAGCGUUAAAUCAUCUGAGCGGCAUAGCACUGAAUGUCGCUCUGUGUCGUAUCUCGUGUCUUCAUGGUGCCGGUGGUGCGCGGGGACUAAAGGCCUACAGAGUGGAUAUUAAAGGGUUUACAUUUCUUGCAGCAAUGCCUUUACUUUCAGGGUGCUUGUGCUGUGUUUCAAGGAACUCAUCAUCAACACGUCCCUGUGUGCCAGCAUGACAUAUCAUUAACAUUUCAGACUGUUUAAACUGGUUUUGAAUUGGCUCUAGUGUGGAAAUGUGUGCUUGGAGUGAUUUCCACACAAGGCCUUUUUUAUCAUGCUAUUAUUUUGUCCUGCAAAUCAUUUCCUAUAACUGCGUAUCAUUGUCUUUUAAGCAGGAUGUGUGCUACAGUACAGUAUGUAAGUUAUUGAUGUACUGUUGAUGUGGGGCCAAGUGAAAUGAAGAAAAACGGUUGCAGAUGUGAUCGUCUUGCAUAUAAACUGAAAAUCACAAUAUAAAUGUUCAAACCAGACCUCAA